GGUGCAAUUCGUGCAGAACAUAUUGCCAAGCAGAACUCCACUGGAACCACCGACGUUGAUCAAGUUCAUAAGCAAGCUAAAGAGUAUGAAGAGCACAAUGAACUGUCAGUCGUCCUACGACAAGAUGCUCCAAUUGAAGGGACUCCAGCUCUUUCCACCCAGCGAAGGGAUAGCCAGAUGCGUCCAUCGCUCAGAAUUUCGAUGCAUAGUGUUCUGUCUCCCUCUCAUCUCGCAGGCUCGUCAUCACAGGCGACUCCCUUACCCCCGAAGUCUGCGCACUCGCCACCCGUAUUCCCCUUUUUCCGUGAUGCAGGCUCUCCAGCUCCUCCUGCCUUACACACGCUUCUCCCUCUACUACCACCACUUCAUGCAAAUUUUUUCGAGCUGUUAGAUUCCGAAUUAGAGAAAGUCGACUCUUUUUAUUCCGAACGAGAGAAGGAAAUGCGAGACCGCGGCAAGCUGCUCAAAGAGCAGCUUAAUGAACUUGGGCACCAUCGCAAGAAGUACUAUGAAUGUAAUGCAAAUGCCGCAGCGCCGAGCUGGGCUUCACGACUUCACCUACGCCUGACAGCGGCUUUGCAAAACCAACGCCACACAGACAAGUGUAGUAAUCAACCAGGGCUAGUAGCUUCUGAGUCGGGUCGGGGAGGUCUCUCGAUCACCGCUGGAGAUGAAGGAACUCCCGAACGUAAAACCGUGUCGCCGAUUCCUGCGUCUAGCGCAGGUGAUUCAACUCAAGUUACGUCACUCAAGAGCAAUCGUUCAACGCCGUCCACCAAAGCGAAUGGCAAUAUCCCGCUGAAAAGUAACAGUACGUCCUUUACAAGCAUACAGGAUUACCAGAGUGCGAAGAAACGUCUGAAGAAAGCUGUCGUGGAGUACUACCGGUAUGUCCCGUUUACGUCGCCGGUUUUCGGCACUAUUGCUCUGCUUUUUUGUGGCGAGGACAGAUUGAGGCAAGAUUCCAUGUGUUGGCAAUGUGGAUCCCUCGUGCCAGCCUAUUUCUGUUUUCUUCUAAUAAUCACAUGCCAGUGAAAGCUGACUUCUUCCUUUGUCCAGUGGCCUCGAAGCACUGAAUAAUUACCGUGUACGUGGCUGAUCUCAUCAUGCUGAUCGUCUUGAUCACUUAUGCUGCCGUCGACAUUUGCAUGCUAUAUCCGUUUUUACUGCUACAAUAUUGCACGCCUGCACGCCUCUCAUUCGCCCUGCGUAUUGAUAAUCUCA